AGGGGGACAAUGUCAGAAAGUCAUGCUGGGCUGGACGGCAGGCCCGGCGCGUGUUACGGACACCGCGCGCCGUCCUUCGUCCCCACUGGUUUCCUGGAGAGUCUGGCAGAAACGCAGAGCACAAGCCGCUUCAAUCUUUUGCUUUUGGAGCACGGGGAGGUGUACUUUGGAGACUACGCGGUCGUUCGCUUCCGACCCAAAGGUCGCUCUACGAUCAAAGUGCCCGGCCGUCUCAAGGUCUCAUCGCGGAGUCUUGUCUUCGACCCUGUCAACGAUGUCUCCCAGCCCCUCCUCCGAUUCCCUUUCAAGCACAUGACCCGGGUCCCACGCCAUGCGCCUCAUGGUAUGGAAGCAGCGGAAUGGUCCACGCUCACUUUUUCCUCCCCCUCCUCCUCCUUCUCCUCCUCCUCCUCUUCCCCCCCUCCCUCCUCCUCUCUGGACGGUCUCUUCGUCUUCUCCUGCGCCUGCGUCACCGAGAUGAAGGCGAACGACCUGGUGGGGCCCUACCUGCAAAGGCAGAGCGGAGACCCUGACGCGGAAGGCCCGGACUUCAUCUUCCGGCUCCAGCACACCCCUCUGGCGGACUUCUUGGCCCUGGUCGGACGCCUGUGCGAGGUGGCGGCGCGGUUGGUGAAAGGGGAUGGGCCGGGCCUAGGCGCGGAGGAAGCGCUGUUGCGGCCCAUUUUGGAGGAGCGGGAGCGGGCCUCGGGGAUCUUUGAUCCUGUCCAGCUCGUUGAUUUCAGAGAAAAGUUUAUCCUCUCGGCCGCGGUGCCCGUGGACCGAAUCUCCCCUCUGAUCAAGAAUCCCGGCGUCGUCAUGCUCACUGACCGCCGCUUCUAUUUCCAGCCCGCCGAGCUGAACAAUGUGGGCAUCUCCACCACCUCGUUGGCCCUGGCCUCCAUCGUCCAGGUCUUCAAACGACGGUACAUGCUCAGGCAAACCGGUCUGGAGAUAUUUUUUGCUGCGGCGGGAGAGGGAGGGACGGAGGGCGGGAUGGAGGACGGGAAGGGGGGCGUUGGAUGGGCGAGUGGGUCUGGUAGGGGAAGCGGGAGGAGGCAGGGCGGGGGGCUCGACAGCAGAGACGGCGAAGGACUCGGCACGACCGCGACCAGGAGCAAAGGAGGCCAGGGGGGCGAGGUCACAGAGGCCCCGCCCCGGGAACGUGACCGGGUGCAUGCCUUGCUGCUCGCCCAGCCGGCGCUCACGGACGGCGUGCUGCAGCCUGUGCGCGUCGCGGAGGUGACUCGUCGGUGGCAGGAGCGACGCAUCUCCAACCUGGACUACCUCCUCUAUCUGAACACGCUGGCGGACCGGUCGUUCAAGGACCUGACCCAAUACCCCGUCUUCCCCUGGGUGCUGGCUGACUACACGAGCAAGAAGCUGGACUGGGAGAGCCCGAGCACCUACCGCGAUCUGAGCAAGCCGAUGGGGGCUUUGCACCAGGAGCGACUGGCUUAUCUGCGGGAGCGGUACCACUCCAUGCCGGAGGAAAACGCGGAGAUGGGCAUCCCGCCCCCUUUUUUGUACGGCACCCACUACUCCACGCCGGGCUACGUCCUCUUCUACCUGGUGCGGGCGGCCCCUGAGCACAUGCUCUGCCUCCAAGACGGGAAGUUCGACAGCGCGGACCGGAUGUUCAGCUGCGUGGCGGACACGUGGCAGUCCUGCCUGACCAACCCCGCCGACUUGAAGGAGCUUAUCCCCGAGUUCUACUUCUCCCAGGGCGACUUCCUCGUCAACGUGGAGGGUCUGCCCUUGGGGACCACGCAGGGAGGGGUCAGGUUGGGCGACGUGGCUCUCCCGCCCUGGGCCCGGAACGAAAGAGACUUCGUGCGUAAGAUGCGUCGAGCCCUCAACGACAGCACCUAUGUUUCCCAGCACUUGCAUGAGUGGAUCGAUCUCAUCUUCGGCGUCAAGCAGAAGGGCGAGGCGGCCGUCUCCGCCGACAAUUUAUUCUACUACCUGACGUACGAAGGGGCCGUCGACUUGGAGCAGGUGACUGA